AUGCCAUCACAGGGAAGCAUGCCAAUAAUCAAUGACAUGAUCCUGGGAUUGGAGGAUGAGGCAACCUCAAUAAUCAAUCGACUCACAAGAGGAUCCUCCCUUCUGCAAAUUGUCCCCAUUGUAGGUAUGCCAGGACUUGGCAAGACAACUUUAGCUAAAAAAGUGUACAAUGAUCCUUUAGUUACAUCGCAUUUUUAUACACGUGCUUGGUGUACUGUCUCUCAAGUGUAUCACCGAAAAAAUCUGUUACUUGAAAUUUUGACAUGUAUUCACUCCAAACUUCCUGAGAAAAUUUCUGAGAUGUGUGAAGAAGAUUUGGCUUCAGAAGUCAGAAGAGGUCUGCUAAGGACUAGAUAUCUCAUUGUUUUGGAUGAUAUAUGGGACACUGAAGCAUGGAAUGAAUUGGAAGCAUCAUUCCCUGACAAUCGAAAUGGAAGUAGAGUGAUCGUGACAAGUAGAAAGUCUGAUGUUGCUGAUCCGAUAGAUGAACUUGAUGAAGGGCCUCAUUUCCUCCGUCCGCUGACCCCUGAUGAGAGCUGGGACUUGCUAAAUAUGAAGUUAUUUCCUGGAAAUGAUUUGCCUCCACCAGAAUUAUGCGAUUUGCAAACAAAAAUCGUGGAAAUGUGUCAAGGACUGCCACUUACAAUCAUCAUUCUAGCUGGAAUUCUAGCAAAUGAGGACCAACAUGGUUGGAAAGCACUUGUGGAUGGUUUAAGUUCAAGAAUCGUCUCUAGUACAGAACAAUGCUCUGCUGCAAUAGAGUUGAGUUACAAGAACCUACCAGAAAAUUGA